AUGGAGGCCAACGGUGGCAGUGGUGGUGCGGCGCCGACUGGUUGUUACAAGUGCGGCCGGCCCGGACACUGGUCCCGUGACUGUCCGUCAAACCCCAAUCCUAACUCUAACAACGACAGAGCCAAUAACAAACCGGCUGCAUCGUCGCAUCCUUUCAAGGCAAGUGGCGCAGUAGGUGGUGGCUCAUUUCCGUCCCAAAAGCAGCCAAUUGAAAAGCCAAAGAAGGUCCCGAAAACCAGACCUAAGCUAACUCCGGAACUGCUUCUUUCUGAUGAUGGUCUUGGAUUCGUUCUUCGACAUUUCCCUAAAGCUUUUAAGUACCGUGGCCGUGGCCACGAGAUAAAUGAUCUGGGGAAUCUACUAAGCUUGUAUGCGGAAUGGCACUCACAUUUGAUUCCUUACUACUCCUACAAUCAGUUCGUUCACAAGGUAGAACAAGUAGGCGGCUCAAAACGUGUCAAGCUAUGCAUAAAUGAUCUGCGAGAAAGAGUUGCAAAUGGAGGGGAUCCAACCAAGCUGCUUGAAACACCUGAGCCACAUGAAGAUUCAAAUCACGAACAAGAUGCCAUGAACCCAGAGGAACCAAAUCUUUUUCACCAGGAAGAGACUUUGCCAAAUCAUGAUGCAGAUGAUUUCCAGCAUGAUAUGCUUCAUGAGAUCUAUGAAAACACUACUGAAGAACCAUCUCGGUCCCUGAACGUUGAGGCUACCGUUGCUGUACAAAAAGAAGUACCAAGUCAGCCAGCAGAUGCUAACAAUAUUGAAAUGUCGGAAGAACUAAAAGCCCGAAUAGAAUCAAACAGGCUGAAGGCAUUAGAGAGAGCUGCUGCUCGGAAGCGGGAUUCACAAUCUCAGGCACCUUGA